AAGAAAGCGUGUUAGCAGUGUGACAUUGAGCCUGUAUGUACAGCACAGAAAUAUAAUUAUGAGUUUUUAAUAAGACUAUUAUAAUCAGAUCAUUAUUAUACACAUGGAGACUUCAAACACAGGUGAGCCUCACCUGAGGCACGUAGAGCUGGACGUUCUGAUCCCCAAAAUGAUGAGAGAGAAAGCCAAAGAGCGCUGCGCUCAACACGUCCAAGAGUUUACACAGUGCUGUAAGGACAGCGGCCUCCUGAUGGUGGUGAAGUGCCGCGAGCAGAACGACGCUCUGAAGCAGUGCCUGACCCGACAUUACACAGACCCGGUGUUCUAUGAGGAGUGUAAGCAGCAGUACAUCAGAGAGAAACAGGAGUACGAGCGCACCGGCGUCCCCACCAAACACCGAAACACCGGCAACAGAUUACCCACCAGCAUGUAACACACACACACACACACACACACACACACACACACACACACACACACACACACACACACACACACACACACACACACACACACACACUCUCUCACACACACACACACUGCUGUUUAUAUUCAUGAGUGAUUGUGCGGCGCUGAUCUAAAUUCACGGCGCGGGUUUUAAUCAGAUCAGGAUGAUUUGAUCUCCGCCGGGACGCAGGAUCACAUUUAUUAUCGGCUUCAUUAUUUUCUCCUCGCUGAGCUUUUUUCUGCAGCUUCGUCACAUUUAUGAAGUCAGAAGAUUUUGUUUGAUGUUUGUUUGAUGAAACGUAUAAAUAAUGAUUGUAACGUUAAUAAAGUUAAUAACGUCACUA